AUGGAGGUUGGAAUCGGCGUAUGCUGCUCCGACUCAAUCGCCGGUGCCGCCGUGGAAGUCUCCUCUCUUGUUCCGGGAUCGAGAAAAGGGAAGGCGGAGCGCCGCCAGCUGAGGCCACGAAACCCAGCUCGAUCCAUCAGGGGAUCGUUGAUGGGAGCUGAAGCCAUGGAGGAGAAGAGCUGUGCUACUCAUCUCAGGAUACGAAUCAAGCCCCUGACGAAGAAGACGCUACCGCCGGCGGAGGCGGCGGAGGGCUCCACCUGCCCUGAGUGCGGGAAAAGCUUCCCUUCCGACAAGGCCCUGUUCGGCCACUUGCGAUGCCACCCGGAGCGCGACUACCGCGGCGCUGCGCCGCCACCCGCGGCGAAGGACAAGAAUCCAUCGCCGCCGCCGCGAGCUCCGGUGAAGCGGCCGACCGCGAAGAGAGGGCGGAAAGAGCUUGAUUUUAGCAGCGAAGACGACGGCGGAGGGAAUGACGUCUUUGAAGCCGCCGCCGCUGCCUCCGCCGCUACGAUCUUAACUUACAUCGCCGCCGGGAAGAAGCUCCCAAGAUCGGAUUUUGACGAGCUGGAUGAGUACGUAACGGAGAUUUCGAGCUGCAGGAGGUCCAACAAGGCGAGGGUUGAAGAUCUAGAAACGGAAAGCCUCGAGUUCGCUAGCUCCUCGUCGGUUACUGCCAAGGACCGACGUCGAUACGUCUGCACCAUAUGCUUCAAGACCUUCUCUUCUCACCAAGCUCUGGGCGGACACCGAGCCAGCCACAACAAGACGGAAAAGACUAACAACUCUACUAGUAACGGCCUCAAGAAGGCCGAGAACGACGCGGCGGCUGCUGUGACAGAGCACCGGUGCAAGAGCUGCAACCUGAGCUUCUCGAGCGGGCAGGCGCUCGGCGGUCACCAACGCCGUCAUUUCCACGAAGCGGCGGCGCAGCAGGCCACUCAUCGAGCUUCCACGUCGCCAUCUUGCGAUGGGAGCGCGAGCCUGGGAACCCCGUCGCCGGCGACGUCCGGACGGUCGGAGAUCGAUCUCAACCAGAUGCCGUGCCUCGAAUCAGACGAAAACUGA